UACUUUGACUCAAGCAUUUCACUCAAUCAAAACAAAAACCAAAUUUAUUUGAGUAUUAUUUUACUCAAGUGAGAAACUGAAUUUCAUUUAACUCCACCCAGAGCCACUCAAUUUCAAAUUUGUUUACACCAUUUUUGCAUUUGUUUACAAACAAUUCCACCUUCUGCGACAAGACCAUGCGCCAAGAUGCUAAACAAAAUAACUGAUAACAGCGGGGCAUGCGCACUGUGGCCAAAAGUCACUGUCAAAUCGUGAGUAUUUUUCAUGUAGCUAAACAACUGACACCCCUAUAGCUUUAUUAAAUAAGAAAGUGAUACGCCAUAUGUGAUUUGUCUACGAAGUGAAAAUAAUCGAUUUUAACAGCCGCGUACAAUUUCCAUACAAAUUAAUAGAAAUAUUUGUGAAAUUAAAACCAAAAUUCCAAUUACUACUCGAAAAUAACACUCGAACUUAUUUUUCUUGAAGUGAAUACAACGUUUUUCAUUAGCGACCGUUAAGUGGAAUAAGUGAAAAAUGUAGUCACAGCAGACCACUAUUUGUAGUACAGUUCAUGGUCGUUCGGCAAUAAUUGUGAUGUGAAAGUGAAAAUGAAAAUGAAGUAAACACAAUUAUUUUGCUUGAGAGCAGUGUUUGAAAACUAAAAACCAAAACAAAUAUUUUCACAGCAUAUUUAGUCCCAUUACAAAAGCAUCUCAUUCCCUCACGACUCCUCACAGAUUAGAUAACAGUAGCAAAAAAGCGCACUAAACUCCAGCUCCCACCAGCUAGUAACAAGACAAGCACAUCCAACACAAUUAAAAAUAAAAAAAAAACUGUCGACAGCACCAACAAUAACACCAUAUUCAUUACAAUCUUACAAUCACCGUCCUUCCUCAUCACCAAUAAUAUCUUAGAAUACUAUCGCUUCCGCUCUAGAUAGAAAUCGCUAAUACCAAACAAGCACCAUCGCCACUCUGUAAGUGCUGUCACAAUGUCCAAACCACCCACAGACACCACGGGUCUGGGCUACUCAUACCACCUGCCCUCGGGUGGUUUACUUUUACGUCUCAAGAAUUCCCUAUCACAAUUUAGCGAUCUAUUCAGUGAGUUCAACAGAUAUAUUGCACCGGCCUACCAUCAUGAUCGAUGCGAGCGUUCGGUGCAUAUGCGUCUAUAUUCAAUGCAAAAACGCGAAUUCGUUAUGGUAUUUCUGGGAUUUCUAAUCUGUUUCGGUUUGGCCAUUGUAAUUGGUCUCACCGGACCACCCAUUACAAGCACAUCGGAAAUCACCGCCAAAAAUAUACUGGCGAACACAUCAUUGGCUAACAGUAAAACGGUUUUGGCGACGGGGCCAUUUGCGAUGAAAUCACCACUCAUGACCACAUACUCUCAGCAACUGUGGCUGAUUGCCAAAUUGGUGACGGACAACAAUGAUGACGAAAAGUAUGAUAAGAGUUUCCAUGUGAGCGUGGCCAUAGAUGGCAUUACAGAACAACACAAACCUCUGAGCAUACUUCGCGCCGAUUCAGUUCGUAACCGUACUCGACAUUUGUCCUGCGUGCGAAACGAUUGUGAGGAGUUUACGAUACUUCAUUUGGGCUUUCUAGAGUAUGCACAUUAUAUAAUCACUGUGCGUUUCUAUGGACUGGAGACCUUCCAUCAGAAAUAUAAUAUACGCAGCAUAACAUUUUAUUUCAAAACUUAUAGCCCCGAGUUUACACAAAUCGAGAUAUGGUUCCGCUUCAUCUUUCUAUUAUUUACGUUCAUUGUAAUUUGUUGGUACGCUCACACGCUCCGCAAAUAUCCCAUCUACGAUUGGUCUAUUGAACAGAAAUGGAUGUCAAUACUCCUACCACUACUCUUACUGUAUGACAAUCCAUUUUUCCCAUUAAUUUUUCUAAUGAACUCGUGGUUCCCAGGCAUGUUGGACGCUAUCCUUCAGGCUACAUUCCUGUGUUCCCUACUCAUGUUCUGGCUUUGUAUAUAUCAUGGCUUGCGACAGAAUGAAAGACGUUUCAUACGGUUCUACUUACCCAAAAUCAUCGUUAUAUUACCAAUUUGGCUAUGCGCCAUAGUACUGGCCACUUGGGAGAAAUGCAACGAGUUACGCGAUCCCACCUAUAGUCACUUUGUGGACACUCGAAAUUAUAAUGGCUUCAAGUUGUUCUUUUUCAUAGCUGGCUGUAUGUAUAUAUUGUAUUUGGCCUUAUUAGUGUUACGCGCCUAUACUGAGCUCAGGUCGAUGCCUUAUUUUGAUAUGCGCCUGAAGUUCUUAACGCUCUUAAUGCUCUUCGUCAUCUCAAUUACCAUAUCGGUAACAACAUGUCGCUUUGGCUUCGGCAUUUUGGAGGAUAAUUUUGUGGCCACUCUUAAUACCACCUACCACAGUUCGGCGCAAUUCAUGUGUUUCUAUGGGCUCCUGAAUUUUUACCUAUACACAAUGGCUUAUGUUUAUUCUCCGAAUGGGCGCUUUUCACAAGUCUCUGUAACCAAGGAUAAUCCCGCAUUUUCGAUGAUUAACGAUUCAGAUGAGGAGGUUGUUUAUGGCUCGGAGGACGAGUCGCGACGUCCUCUUACUGUGGGCAACAAAAAUGAUUACGAUAGUGAUUAAUUAGUAAGAUAAUGUCAUAAGUUGUAUUUAUAGGCGAAUUAUUUUUCUGUAGUAAAAUACGAAUGUUUCGUAUUUCUCAAUUUCCUAUUUUGAUUUCCUAUAUUUUUUUCUCGAAACCUGUUUAUGUAUCUAAUAUAUAUAUUAUAUAUUUUAAGUUAUUUCCUGUAGUUUUUUAUGUAUGUUUUCUUUUUAUGGUUAUUUGAAUUAAUGUUCGGGAAACCGCUAUUUACGAACUUUCAAACAAAAUGUAUUAAGAAUAUAUUAAAUACAUACAUAUGUACACUAAUCUAUGAUUACUCAAUUAUAAAGUUCAACUGACACAAACAAUAUGCAAAUAAAACUACCGUACUUUCUGAUAUAAAUGGAAAUAAACAUUGGCAAUUGGAACUAAUCGCAUCUAUUGGCAAGUUACAAUAAGUAUGGAGUUGGGUCUUACUUCUAAGUUUGCGUGUUGUAGAUGUAUAGGGGAGGACAUUCCUCCAAAAAAUUUAAAGAAUACUGCUGAGUGAACACUUUCUGGCUAGUUAUAUAUCGCAUCCGUUCUUAUUUUAUGGGCCCAACUGUCGUCAGAACACGAAAAACAUAAUUAAGUUAAAACUAAAAACUGAAAGUGCAUAUAAAUAUAAACAAAUACCAGCAAUCCAGAUAAAUUGAUAUUCAUAUGUAUUUAUUGAUUUAGUAUUUAAUAUUAUUAGAAACACAAAUGUUGUAAAUAUAAAAUUUACGCUCCACAAAAAGUUUUCUUACAGUAAUAACGAUUUAAUUAAUGUGGCAGCUCGGCUACAUGUUGCUAAACUAACAGGGUUGCACCCAGCAAUAUAGCUGAGUAAUCAGUAACCGCCAACAUCUAUUGUCAACAGUUUUUUGUUUGUUUUCAUUUGACACUCGACCAAUUCGGUUUCCCUUUUUGAUAUUCCUAUUUUAUUUAUCAUUUGUAUUUGUCCGCGCAACUUUAAAACAAUGUUGCGCGCAGUAUUUCAAAAUAAAAUUAUCUUUUUAUUCGCGAAAUGUCUUAAAUAAAUUAAAUUAGUAAAGUGAAGUGAGCAAUAAAUAAAGAUAUAUAAAUAAAGUAAUUUCAAAAAAGUGUACG